AUGGAGGACGAAGACGUAUUCCAACGUCUCUCGAGACACCACAAUGAAGGCGCUGCUGCCAGUAAAGAAGAAAUCGACGCUUCUGCUCUGGAAGCACAGCGGUCGUUACUACUGUCCCUCCUCGAGCAGAAUAACACUCGUGAAACAAAAAUCCUGAGUGUGGUGACCGAGGGAGGCCGUGCAUCACGCGACUCGUUCGUCCGAGCUCAGCUCAAGCCGCUGCUUGAAACUGACACCAUGACUUUCACAGACCUGCUCAAGCGGGUUGAUACGGUAAACCGUGAUCUGCAGUCAUUUGGGUGCUAUAACAAUGUCCAGAUUACGCUACAUGGCGUGGACGACCAGUUUUCGCUUGGAAACAUGUUUGGAGGAGGCAACGCUUUGACUGUUCAACCUGUUUUAAAACUUGCCGAAGCCAAACGAUUUACAGCCAAAACUGGAACAGAUGUUGGAAACGGAGAGGGAAGUGGAUACAUCAACUGCCAGUUUAGACACAUGUUUGGAGGAGCCGAGACGCUCAACUUUGACGCCUCCAUGGGCACCCGAACCAAGUCUAACUAUAUGCUGGCUCUCACGAGUCCUAUAAACAACAGUGCUCGAUGGAAGGGAGAGACCAUGGCAUUUGCCACUUCUCGAGACAUUCCCUGGUGUUCGCAUUUACAGAGCGUUCAAGGAGGAGCUUUGAAGCUGAGAUAUCUGGGCUUCCCCCACACUUUGGAUCUGUCUGUGGAGACUCUGGUUCGAACUAUAUCUGCCUACUCUGAGGCUUCUCGAACGGUCAAGUUUGCUGCUGGAGAUGAUAUGAAGCGAGCUAUGAGCGCCACAUACACGUAUGAUUCACGUGACAUCCACGUGAUGCCCACCAAGGGAUACAUGGUCAAGCUUACUGGAGAGUAUGUACUUUCCAGCAACCUGUUGAGACUUCAGUCUGAAUACAGCUCUGGUGUGCGAAGCAAGUAUGCCAUAUUCAACUGGGGCAUGAAAUGCGGUCUUCUGAGCCGAGAUGUCGGCAGUUAUACCCACGGAGCCGUUCAGAGCAACGUUCAUCUGAUGGACCGGUUCUAUCUUGGAGGAGCUAAUGAUGUUCGAGGUUUUGCACUCAACGGUCUUGGUCCUCGAGAUCAGAACGAUUCCAUUGGAGGUUCUCUCUACAACUGUCUUGGUAUCAGUGUUUUUACUCAGGUUCCUGGACUAAAGUACGGUCUUGACAAUCCUCUGAAAUGGCAUCAUUUUGUCAACUGUGGAGGCUUGCUCGGACAACGAGAUGUCAAGACUUUGCUGCACAACCAGUCUGUUUCUGUGGGCACUGGUCUUGUCUACAACCAUCCCGCUGCUCGGUUUGAGCUCAACAUCUGUGCUCCUCUGGUAGCCCGAAGCACCGACAAGAUGCGAAAGGGGCUCCAGUUUGGCGUUGGAGUCAGCUUUUUGUAA